AUGGGCGGUUAUUACAGCUACCCUCAAUUCCUCUGGUUCACACCAGAGAACAAAGGAAGAGGUGGAAAAAAAUGGAAGAACGUGAAAAGCCAGGCAAAACACAAGUACUCCGAAUUUGGGAAACUGACAAAAGGAACUGGAGGUGGACCAGCGCCAGCACCAAUCAGCCCAGUGACCAAUGCAGUCAUUGAUAUCUUAGGCCAGGACAACGUGACCCUAACUGGUGUGCCAGGUUCAAUUGACACGACAAUGCUGCAGGUGCUGGAUCUGAUGCCACCUACUGACAGGGAGAUUUAUGACACCGCCAUGUCAGAUCCACAUCCUCAACCAGAAGGAGCCAACAUGUAUUCCAAGGAGCCAGAUGUCACAGGGUCCCUCACUUCACCAACCGUGGAAACUCUGUUGAAGCAAAAAUUAAAGCUUGAAAUUGAAUGCCUCACUUUGAAAAAGGAAUACCUUAAAUUGAAAAUCACGAAACUGAAUUAGCUAAAAGUAUCAUACAUGUUGUUUGGGCACUAAAGAAUUAUUUAUAUAUUUGAAUAUUAAAUGUCACAAUACAUAC